AUGGAGACGAAUGACAAUGUCGAGAUCCUAGUGCACGUCACAGCUCCAUGCAGGGCUGUCGACGAUGCGCGUUACCGCGCCCUGGCACAAGCAUAUCUGGACUUUAAUCCGGCGAGCCGAACAAAGAUACUGGAUGAACGCUCACAGGGCGGUGCAAACACUGUCAUUCCAAGCUCACAGGCCGAGCCAGUUGCUUCGCAGUCGACUACGUUUCACGCCCUGGUUCCGAGCAGCGAUGCGACCCAACUGCAUACUUCGCCCCCGAGACCAAAUCGAUCACCUCAGCAAUCAUUCAUGAGCGUUCAGCUAUCAUUUAGGAGUGUGCUGGAUAACAUCAACUCCCCGGGCUUAGGAAGGCCUGUCCUGGAUGUAGUCCCCUCAUCACAGCCAGAUGUACAGACACAACUUUCUCAGGCUAGCUGGAGAGCUCCCCCAAGUGUCAUUGGGGACUCACAGCCUGUUAACGAUAUCAGCCUAGCUGAGUUCUCAUCUCCAAGUCGCCUGUUUGAGCACUUGGCAUGCCAGUUCGACAGUCCAAAUGUUGGAAGCUCCCAACAGACACAGCCACAAGGCCGGCAUCAAGUGUCCGAAGCGCCAGUAGAAGAAGAAUACGGGUACGGUGAGGAUGGAAGCGAGGAAGAGGACGAUGGGCAGGUUGUUCUUGUCACUUCAAGUGAUCCUCCCACAGCUGUUGACGAGAUCCCUCACGGUCCCGCGUCUUCAGCAGAGAAUAUCAUCCUGAACACUCCGUUCCCGGCCUUCAAGCAGCCGCAAACUCGCAGCUCUCCGCUGGGUCAGAUCAUCCAAGACACGCCAUGCCAGCCUUCACGUAAGAGACCACUGGCCUCCUCGCCGUCCCGGGCAGGUUCUGAACCACCACUUUCUUCCAAACGGCAUAAGCGUUCUGCCCCGAUCUCAGAGUCAAGGUCAUUAAUAACACGAAGCACUUCGGAUGUUGGGCCUACCGCCUCAAGUAACUUUUACCGCACAAUCCGUCCUCCGAACGAGCGGCAUCUGACCUACCUCGAACGCUCUGAGAUCCAUCCUACGGGACCACCUGUCGCUAGCACCCAGCUCACGCCUGAUGACCUUCUGACCCCAAAAUUGAGAGAGCUUGCUCGCCAGCUCAACCUCUCGAAACGUUUCCGGCCCGCAGAACAAAUGCGCGAACUAAGGCCGUUCGAGAGAGGGCAUUGGUUGCUUGACUGGUCCAGUUGGCGGCCGACGCUACGCGAGCGGGCGUGGCACUUUCUUACGGACUACCUCCUUGAAGGCUUUGCGGGGUGGGGUGUCUGGUGCAAACGUGCGGAAGACUGGUCAUGGCUGAGGGUUUACUGUUGGGGUCACGUUGUUGGACAUAUCUAUCUUGCUCUUUAUCUGGCUAGCGAGAGGGCGUUAAAAACGGAUACUGCUCGGUGGGUGGAUGGAGCCGGCGAUGUAAUUGUCAUCACCAACGGCCAUGAGAACUCCGAGUCUGGGGACAGCAUCGAGGAUGUUGUCUAG